CGCCGUGCGGGUGGGGGCGGCUGGGGGCGCGCAGGCGCCGCGGGGAGUGUGAGGCCGCGCAGGCGCGGACGGCGUUGGUUUGAAGAAGACCUUCAGCGUUGCCCUGGCGGAGCGGAGACAGGUCCUCUGGUUGGAGCUAUGUGUAACACACCAACUUACUGUGACCUAGGAAAGGCCGCCAAGGAUGUCUUCAACAAAGGAUACGGAUUUGGCAUGGUCAAAAUAGACCUGAGAACCAAGUCUUGUAGUGGAGUGAUGGAAUUUUCUACUUCUGGUCAUGCUUACACUGAUACAGGAAAAGCGUCAGGCAACCUAGAGACCAAAUAUAAGGUCUGUAACUAUGGACUUACCUUCACUCAGAAAUGGAACACAGAUAACACUCUUGGAACAGAAAUCUCUUUGGAGAAUAAGUUGGCUGAAGGGUUGAAACUGACUCUUGAUACCAUAUUUGUACCGAACACAGGAAAGAAGAGUGGAAAAUUGAAGGCCUCCUAUAAGCGGGAAUGUUUCAGUCUCGGCAGCAAUGUUGAUAUAGAUUUUUCUGGACCAACCAUCUAUGGCUGGGCUGUGUUAGCCUUUGAAGGUUGGCUUGCUGGCUAUCAGAUGAGUUUCGACACAGCCAAAUCCAAACUGUCACAGAAUAAUUUCGCUCUGGGUUACAAGGCCGCAGACUUCCAGCUGCACACUCAUGUGAAUGACGGCACUGAAUUUGGAGGGUCUAUCUACCAGAAGGUUAAUGAGAAGAUUGAAACAUCAAUAAACCUUGCUUGGACGGCUGGCAGUAACAAUACCCGUUUUGGCAUCGCUGCUAAAUACAAGCUGGACUGUAGAACUUCUCUAUCUGCUAAAGUAAAUAAUGCCAGCCUGAUUGGACUGGGUUAUACUCAGACUCUUCGACCAGGAGUCAAACUGACCCUAUCAGCUUUAAUCGACGGAAAGAACUUCAAUGCAGGAGGUCACAAGGUUGGGUUGGGAUUUGAGCUAGAAGCUUAAUGUGGUUUUGAGUAAAGCAUCCGAUUUGUCCCUGGAGGUGAAGAGAACCCACUAUGUUUUGGCCUUAAAAUUCUUCUGUGAAAUUUCAAAAGUGAACUUUUUAUUCUUCCAAAGAAUUGUAAUCCUCCCCACACUGAAGUCUAGAGAUCGCAAGUCCAUCCUGAGGGAGGUACUUGAAGGCAUGCCUGGAAGUUGUCAUGUUUGUGCCACAUUUCAGUUGAGUUCCACAGUGUUAUUUUAAAUGUGUUCCUCAGCGACAAUGUAGUGUCAUGUUACAAAGGAAAUGACCCAAUCCUCCAGUUUGUACAUCACGUCCUGCAUGUCCCACACCACUUUUUCAUGACCUUUUAAUAUAUUGGUCUCUGUGCUGUAGUGGAAUCCUUGGUUUUGCAUCAGAGUAAAAUAAAAUAAACCCAUCACAUUUGGAACAUAA